AUGGCCGAACUGCCGCCAGGGAGCCCCCAGGGCUCCAAUCCGGAGCAGCCCGGCGGCGCCAAGCGGAGCCCGGAGCCUCUGGAGGACGGGCCCGGCGGCGCCCCGAGCCCGGUCGGGGAGGCAGGCGCGGGGGAGCCGGGGAGCGGCCCGGUGCGGAUCCGUGUGGCGGUCCCGGCGGAGGAGGAGGAGGACGACGGCGGAGCCCCGGGUCUGACCCUGCUGGGCGGGGGCAGCUGUAGCGAGGAUGACUCCGGCAGAUAUGGGAAAUCUAGUGGCGGGGAGAAUGAUGGUGAUGACUUCGACCAGGACUGGAAACCCCCAGAUAAUGAGCUGAUCCAGAAGCUUAUAAUACAGGUUGAAUAUUAUUUCUCAGAUGAGAACCUUGAGAAAGAUGCCUUCCUCUUAAAGCAUGUGAGAAGAAAUAAGAUGGGUUAUGUCAGUGUUAAGCUACUCACGUCUUUUAAAAAGGUAAAACAUCUUACCAGAGACUGGAGAAUCACAGCCUAUGCCUUGAAGUAUUCUGACAUUCUUGAGCUGAAUGAAGAUAGCAGAAAGGUUAGAAGAAAUACCCCAGUUCCAGUGUUUGCUAGUGAGACCCUGCCUAGCAAGAUGCUGCUUGUGUAUGAUAUCCACUUGAUUUCUGAGCUACAGGUUCUGAGCCAGGAGGAAGAAAAUGGAUGCAUGCAAGAAAAGAUGAUGGAGCAUCUUCUCAAGACCUUCGUUACUUUUGGUGUAAUCUCAUCAGUUCGCAUUCUCAAACCUGGUAAGGAUCUUCCACCUGAUGUCAAGAGAUUCAGUAAUCGAUACACCCAAGUUGGAACAAAGGAAUGUGCAAUAGUAGAGUUUGAAGAAGUAGAUGCAGCAAUUAAAGCUCAUGAAAUCAUGUGUAUUGAAAAGAAUAAUGAAAUUGGCAUGAAAGUUAUCCUGAUAGGUAUGAAGCCUCCAAAGAAAAAAGUUGUGAAAGACAAGAACCAUGAUGAAGAUCCCAGCAAGUCUCUCAACAAAAUUAGAUCCCUGAAUAAGAGAGUUGAGGAACUUCAGUAUGUUGGGGAUGAAUCAUCAGCAAACAGCUCUUCUGAUCCAGAGAGUAAUCCUACAUCUCCACUGUCUGGACGCAAGACUAAUACUUCUAACAAGUUGAGCCCUACCACCUAUCAGAACAACCACCUGAGCCCUAAUGUUUCACCUAGGUCAAGUCCCUGGAAUAGCCCAUCUUCUCUGCGCAAAGUGUCCAAGAAGUCUCCACUUGCUGAAGAUGGCAAACUUAACCCUAGCACUAGCCCAGAAAUCUCAAGGAAAUGUGCAGAUUACUCUUCAGAUAGCAGUAUUACACCUUCUAAUAGCCCAUGGGUUCAGAGAAGAAGACAAGCUCAAACUGUAACACAAGCAAAAAGUCCAGUAAGUAGCCCAAUGCUUGCCCGGAAAAUACAAAAUGCAGAUGGGUUACCUGUAGGAGUGUUGCGGUUACCCAAAGGUCCUGAUGGUACUAAGGGAUUCCAUAAUGGAUGCGAAAGGAAUAAACCUAUGAAGAAUGAAUAA